AUGAUUGUUAUUGGUAAAGUAUACAUCACAGAUGGAAAGCAAAUGCUUCAUCACAAACCACUCCCAAAAACUUGCUAUAAAGUGUCAAUUCAAGAAUUGUUAGUGGAUACAUCAUGCAUAUCAGAUAUAGGAAAUAACGAUUUCAAAACCGUUAAGGAUGCAGUAGGUAGUUUUGUGGCAUGGCCAAAGGAUCAGGUCGUUUUAAUUGAUCAAGAAAAGGUAACACCACCAUCUACCAUACCAAAGGAUGGUGAGAAAACAUUUGUAUCUAAAUUAUUGGCUAAGCGCAAGUUUGUUAGUUCUGCUUUGGUGCUAAGACAAGACAUGCCCAACAAGAAGAUUCAAAAGAAUUACAGUUGUGAUUAUAUUAAAUGUGAUAUACAUCAUUUUGAUAUGUUACUUUAG